AUGGCCUAUUCCAACAGUACCAGCGACCGAAUGGACGAGCUGCGCUUUCGCAGCCAGCACUCCCGGACCGAUUCAUCUCUCCUCGGAGGGCUGGUUUCUCCUCCACGGAAUGGCUCCAGCACCAAUACCAACACCAGCAGUAACAACAACAACAGCAACAGACUGCCUGCUCCUCUGCAAACGAAUGAUGGGAGAGGAGGGUUGAUGAGAAGAUUCACAACCGACUCGACUCGUGUACCAACAAUUACUUCUAUUACUACCCAGAGAGCCGGAGGCGCUCAGGAUGCACAAGACUAUGGGCCAUCUACUUACCAUAAAGUGCAACUUCUAGAGAAAAAGAAACUUGAAUACGAGAGACUGCGCGAGCAAAAACGCCGGUUUGAGGCCGAGAUGCAACUGCUUGACCUCCAGCAACGCCGCGAAGAACAAGAGCUUGCGCAGAUGCAAGAGGAUCUCGGACGUGGAAACAACGCGAACGGUGGCCACCAGUCGGAACCUACUACUCCCCCCGAAUAUCGCGAGUCCAACUCCGGUUUUCCCACAGUGUUCUCUAGGCCAAACAGAUACUCGACAUCUAGUAUCACAUCUCCGCCGGGCAUCUACAAUAGACAAGGUCGUUCAGGCUCUCAACUUACAUCGCCCCAAGCAGGUCCUAUUCAGGCGAGAUUCACAAUGGAAGAUAAGCUGGCUUCCGAAGGCUCCAGAAGAAAUAGUGAUGAGGACGAGAAGGCAGAGGCUGUCAGACAAGACCCUACAAGUCACAGAUCUACGAAUGCCCUCAACAGAUACUCCAUGCCCGUCACCAAGUCCCGUAACGGUAUUCACGAGAUGUUAUCACUCGACCAAACCAAUACCACACGCUUCCUGUUCGGUGAUGAGGAAGGUGCCCCCGAAGUCAACAACUAUCUGAACAUGAGUGGCACUGAUAACCACUUCCCGACUCUGGUUCGUGGAUUCAACCCAGGCCAACUGUCCGCCUCACAUGCCGCUCUCGAUCUAGCCCUGUCUCAAUCACCUGGCCCUGAGUCCUCCUCUUCCAAUGCCUGGGGUGCGGUCUCCCGACACCGCUCUUCCCAAUCUCAACAAAGCCUCCCUGCUAUUCAUACAUUGCAAAGCCAAGGCAACGGUCAAACAAACGGCUCAUCCAACCCACCCGAGUCUCCCAUCAGUACUCGCUCUGCAUACCGCAACUCGGUGGACCGAAACUCGUUGGACACCAAGUCAUACUACGAUGCUCAAGAAUCUGCUCAGAUUGCGUCGCCUAAGAAUGCUACACCGCCAAAGCUGCAGUCCUCCUAUUCGGCUAAUGACGUCCCCACUAUGAGAUCGACAACAAACGGAGCCUCCUCGGUCAAUACCACCCCCAACUCCCACGCCCAGCAACAUCUCCACAACCACAACGCAAGCCUGGGUCGUAUUCCACCAAGUGCCUUGAACAACAGACUCAGCCGUGAGAUGUCUUCCGCCGAGACUGCUACCCUUCGUGAGGCUCAGAAUGGCGGUUACCAAUCCAUCCAAUCUGCUCUUCAAGCCAACGCUCCUCCCUUCGGUCCAUCUCUCGGUCAACCUCUCGCUCAGACGAUGUCUCAAGCACCUCUGCAACCAACAAUGACCUCGCCUUCCGCUCAACAGGCAUACCCCACCCAAGGCUACUACAACAAUUACGGCAUGCAGCACAUGAUGAUGGGAAUGCAAGGCAUGGGUCUUACUCAACAAGGCUACUCGCCACUCAACCCAUACGCUUCUCCAGGUUACGGCUCUCAAGCUGUUAUGUAUCCUCAAGGUAACAAUGGUCCUCGUGAUAGCCAGGCUCGGGUUAUCCAGCAGCGCCGACAAAAUGAUGGUGAAGCUAUGAAUAGAUUUGCCAACUUGCCUCUCGAGUCACUCGGUGGUGAGAUCUACGCCUUGUGUAAGGAUCAACAUGGCUGCCGCUAUCUGCAGAAGAAGCUCGAGGACCGCAAUCCUGAUCAGGUCCAUAUGAUCUGGCUGGAGACCAAUCAGCAUGUUAUCGAGCUGAUGACUGAUCCAUUCGGCAACUAUCUCUGCCAAAAGUUACUCGAGUUCUGCAAUGACGACGAGCGUACUGUCCUCAUCGAGAAUGCCUCCCACGACCUCGUCCGCAUUGCUCUCAACCAACAUGGAACCCGAGCCCUCCAAAAGAUGAUCGAGUUUAUCUCUACUCCUGGUCAGAUCCAAACAAUCAUUGAGGCUCUUCGCCAUAGAGUUGUUGAGCUCAUUCAAGAUCUAAAUGGCAACCAUGUCAUUCAAAAGUGCCUCAACAAGCUUUCAUCCACUGAUGCUCAAUUCAUCUUUGAUGCUGUUGGAACUCACUGUGUUGAUGUCGGAACCCAUCGGCAUGGCUGCUGUGUUCUUCAACGCUGCAUCGAUCACGCUUCGGGUGAGCAAAAGGCUUGGUUGAUUCGUCAAAUCUCCAACAAUGCCUACGUUCUGGUCCAGGAUCCUUUCGGAAACUACGUAGUCCAGUACAUCCUCGAUCUCAACGAGCCUACUUUCACCGAGCCUUUGGUUGCUAUGUUCCAAGGCCGUGUUGGCCAGCUGUCGAAGCAAAAGUUCAGCUCAAACGUCAUUGAGAAGUGUCUCCGCUGUGCCCAGGAGCCUUCGAAGGAUAUGCUCAUCGAGGAGAUGCUUCAACCAGCUGAGCUUGAUCGUCUUCUUCGCGAUUCGUUUGCAAACUAUGUCAUCCAAACUGCUCUUGACUAUGCGAAUCCUAAUAUGAAGGCUCGUCUUAUCGAGGCCAUCCGCCCUUACUUGCCUGCUAUCCGCACCACUCCUUACGGUCGCCGUAUCCAAGCCAAGAUCCAAGGCAAUGAGGGUCGCAGUGGUCCUUCCAGUGGUCAAGCUACUCCAGUUGAGGCUAUUGAGACAACACAUCACGCCCCUCUCCGUCACCAGCGUGGUACCUCCAACGCCUCCGCCAACACUACUGGCUUCAACACCCCAGGCAGCCAAUAUUCCAACGGCUAUGUCCCUGUUGCUGCCAAUGGUGCCGUCAGUGCUAUUCGGGCAACCACCCAACCAGGUGCCAAAUUUCCAUCGACCGAGCAACUUGUCUCCGGACAAGCCCAGCAAGUCUUCCCCUAUGCUUAUGGCAGAGGAGCUGCCGGUAGUCAAGCUGGUAACGGCAACGCCAACGGGAACUGGUUGUAA